AUGUCUUUCUUCGGAUACGAAAAUAACGACCUAGAACAAGAGAAGAGAAAGUUCCUCGAAGGUGGUCUGGGUGAGACCGAGGAUCUCGCGGUGUACACAUGGGGGGAGGAGAGUUAUGAUGGGCUCGGGGAUGCGCUGGUCGAAGGUGGCGAUGAGCUCAACGAUGAGACAUUUGGCGGCACUAGUGCAGUUGGCAAAGAUUUUGAUUUCUCCCACCAAGCCCUGCCCAAUGCUACUGCGCGAUCACGAAGCUCACAAGUUACUCCCGAGGUGUCUUCAAGACCGAUUCGCGAGAAGUCUCCUCUGCAGCAGUCCGGGGGCCCUAGUUUGAAGUCGGCAUCGAAUGUUCCAUCCUUGGAAUCAAUAUGGGAUGAUAGGUCUCCCUUCUCCAUGCUCCCUCGCGCAAACGGAGCGUCGCACGUCGCGGACCAUCAGCGAACGACGUCGAAGUCUCCGUACUCGUCUCACCUAACCAUAGAUCAACAUUCUGCGGUGCCAUCCCCAGAACUUCAUAUGAACAGACAGACGGGACUUAGGACUCUGCAGGAAAUCGAGGCUGAGAUGCAGACCGCUGCAAAGCUGCAACGCCAACGUCAACAAGAGGAGAUGGUCCAACGUCAGCUUGCCAUCCAGCAAGAGGACCAGAGGCGUAUAAAACAAGAGCACUUGAUGAUGGAACAGCAAGAGCAUAUGCGAUUCCAACGUGAGCAGCAGCUUCGCCUACAACAGCAAGGGCAACAGCAGCGCACGCCACCACCACGGAUGGGCAUGCAAUCGCAUUCUCCGCGCUUCCACCAGCACCAGCAACAGAUCCUCCUUAUGCAACAGGAACAGGAGCGGCAGCAGCAACUUCGGCUUCGCGAGCUACAAGAACAACUACGCCUUGAGGAGAUGGAACGUCAAUUUCGGGCUCAGAAGAUCGCUGCUGCUCACCAACAGGAUCUUCGACGCCACCCCAGCUACCAGAACAUAGGUAGCCCCCAGCAUCGCACGCAAUCUCCAUCCCGCCUCGUUGAUUCGCAGCAGGUUCUCCUCAACCAUCAAAACUCUCAGCCGUACCUUCCUCAGAACAUACAGAUGCAACAGCGCCUGCUGUCUGAAAUGGCACAAGCGGAGUUCCUUCGAGAAAUGCAAGGCGCUAAUCCUGCUUCUCAGGCUGAGCAAGAGGCAUUGAGGAUGGAGGCCAUGCGAAAGAUCAUGGAAACUGAACGGAUGGAGGAAAGGCGACGCCGAAGGGCUGCCAAGAUUGCGCACAUGUCUCGCUACAAUGACCUCAUGACCCGAUCUGACAAGGAUUUCAUUACGCGGAUACAGGUCUCUCAACUAGUCACGCAGGACCCUUACGCAGAAGACUUCUAUGCACAGGUCUAUGGAGCAAUUAUUCGCUCUCGUAUGGGUUUGCAGUCUGAGGAUGAACGUGUCUUGAAGUUCGGCGCCAGCGGUGGCGUUGGUCUUGGUCUCAGUCAGAAGGCAGGUGGUCGACGCCAGAGUGCGAUGCAGAAGAUGGAAGCGCAGGUUGAGCGUAUCGUCAGCAAUGCUCGGGUGAGAGAGAAGGAAAAGGGGCUGCAUUCCUUGCACAGUCUUCAAGGCGCUCUCGGCAAGACCUCAGGACGGAGUUACAAGGCUGCUCCUCGUCAGUUACUCCAAGUCGAUGCUGCUUCUGCUUCCCCUACUUUGUCCGGGGCACAUCCCCACAUUUCCAAGGACGAGGUUGCAGCCGCAACCGCUGAUGGAGCAGGUGUUGCACGAGAAGCUGCAAAGCUUGGAAGGGAGGCCCUUGGCGACUUUGGUACCGGAAAUGGUGUGAUCCACAAAGAUCCCCUUACUCACCGCCAAGUCCUUGUGUUAUUGGAGAGUCUCUAUGAUCUUGUCCUAGAUGUCGAGCAGCUUCGCCGUGACCAACCACCUCCUGAGGAAGAAGAAGCGCAUCUUGUUUGGUCUCAGCAGUAUGGACAAAGAGUGGAAGAGAUCUGGGAAGGGCUGAAAGUCAUGGUCCCCCUAGAAACAAGCAACCCCCAUCCCUUCAUCUCCCUGCUCACUCCAGUCAAGGGAAAGAAGAUUCUUCCUCGGCUCAGUAGACAUAUCUCAGGGCAACGUAUGCUGACACUUCUAACGCUUCUGGUUGCCUGCUUCUCACAGCUUGAGGUUGUGAAGAAAGCGCACUACCUGGAUCUGCUUGAAGACUCACCUGAAAAGGAAGAGAUUGAGCGCCAGACUCAGGCAUUCCUGGGUAGCGUGUUGCAGAGCAUACUACCUGUCGUUGCGAAGGCCGAAUUGAGACUGGUUCGGGGCUUGAUUGGCCUCUUCAUGGAACGUUGUGACGUCAUCCAUGUCUCACAGACGAGGCCGGGCAUCGCCCUCUUGACCUUGUUCCUGAGUAGAGUUGAGGUGAUCAAGCAGGAGAUGGUAUCGUCUCCUGAAGCUGUUGACCCUGCGCUGCAAGACGAAGCUCAGCAAUGGCAAUUCAUGUUUGACCAUCUAUUCCAGAUGCUCGCUCCCCAUUUUAACGAACUGUUCCCGUCGACCCGCCUUGCUCCCCAACUCGCUCAGCUCGCUGAAGUCGACAUGACCAGUAUUUACCAACAUGUUGACAUUGUCGACCAACCGGUCUGGCAGUUCCUCGCCGCGCUUUCCCUACAUGCCUCGCAACAUCAGCAGUCCGUACUUGUUUCCGGUCUGCGCGAGAAAAUCCUGGAAAACGUCACCUCCGCCAACAAAGGCUGGGUCCAGAGUGAAGCGGAGCGUCAAACUAAGCUGGCCAAUGUCAACCUUUUCCUCAAUGCACUCGGCUUAGAUAGUUCGCAAAUAUCUGUAUGA